AUUUUUUUGUUUUUACAAACUCAAUUUUUGUAAACCCUAGUCGGUGAAAAAGAGUUUCCUUUCUAUUCAAUCUAGAAACCUGAAUAGAACCCUUACGCACAUCGUGUUUUUCUGAAAGAGAAAACGAAGACCACAGAUUGUUUUCCACUGGGAGCUACCGAUUAUUUGCAGCAAUGGGAGUUCCAGCUUUUUAUCGGUGGUUAGCGGAGAAGUUUCCGCUAGUUGUGGUCGAUGUCAUUGAAGAAGAACCAGUCGUAAUCGAUGGGAUUUCCAUUCCGGUUGACACCAGUAAGCCUAAUCCUAAUGGCCUUGAAUUCGAUAAUCUGUAUCUCGACAUGAAUGGAAUUAUUCACCCUUGUUUUCACCCCGAAGAUAGGCCUUCCCCAACAACCUUUGAUGAGGUCUUUCAAUGCAUGUUUGACUACAUUGACAGGCUUUUUGUAAUGGUGCGUCCUCGAAAGCUUCUGUUCAUGGCUAUUGAUGGUGUUGCCCCGAGGGCAAAAAUGAAUCAACAAAGAAGCAGACGUUUCAGAGCUGCAAAAGAUGCAACCGAUGCGGCAGCUGAAGAAGAACGCCUGCGUGAAGAGUUUGAAAGGGAGGGGAGAAAGCUUCCUCCUAAAUCAGAAUCACAAGUUUUUGAUUCUAAUGUUAUCACUCCUGGAACUGAAUUUAUGGCUGUAUUGUCAAUUGCAUUGCAGUACUAUGUCCAUCUUAGAUUAAACAAUGACCAUGGAUGGAAAAAUGUUAAGGUUAUUCUUUCUGAUGCAAAUGUCCCGGGCGAGGGAGAACAUAAGAUAAUGUCGUACAUUCGUCUUCAAAGAAAUCUUCCUGGGCAUGAUCCAAAUACACGUCAUUGCCUGUAUGGUUUGGAUGCUGAUCUAAUUAUGCUGGGUUUGGCUACUCAUGAAAUCCAUUUUUCAAUACUGCGAGAGAUUGUUUUCACCCCUGGACAGCAAGACAAAUGCUUCAUGUGUGGUCAGAUGGGUCAUUUAGCAGCAGAUUGUGAGGGAAAGGCAAAAAGAAAGGCUGGAGAGUUUGAUGAAAAAGGUGAUAAAAGCAUUGUCAAAAAACCAUAUCAGUUUCUCAAUAUCUGGACUCUUAGAGAAUAUUUGGACUAUGAGCUGAGAAUUCCUAAUCCUCCAUUUGAGAUUGAUUUGGAGCGCAUUGUGGAUGAUUUUAUAUUUAUAUGUUUCUUUGUGGGGAAUGAUUUUUUACCACAUAUGCCCACACUCGAGAUUCGCGAGGGAGCAAUCAACCUGCUUUUGGCAGUUUACAAGAAGGAAUUUAGGGCAAUGGGUGGAUAUUUGACUGACUCAUGUAAGCCUAAUUUAGAUCGCGUGGAGCAUUUCAUUCAGGCAAUUGGAUCUUUUGAAGAUAAAAUAUUCCAGAAACGUGCUCGAUUGCAUCAGCGGCAAGCAGAUAGAAUAAAGCGUGAAAAGGGACAACUUAGAAGAGGAGAUGAUGCACAACCUCAGGUUCAGCCAGAAUCUCUUGUUCCAGUUUCUCGGUUUCACGGUUCUCGUCUUGCUUCAGGUUCUUCACCUUCUCCAUAUCAACAAUCAGGAUCUGGCUACAAUUCUAGGAACAGACAGGCCAUGGAAUCAAGUGGAAAAGGAAAUUCACAUGCAGGCAAAGUUGCUCGUACAUCUUCUGCUGCUAGUAUUGGUGCUGCCAUCGUUGAAGCUGAGAACAAUCUGGAAGAAGACGAGAAAGAAAACAAAGAAGACUUAAAAGCAAAGCUGAAGGAGAUAAUUCGUGGGAAGUCCGAUGCUUUUAAUUCUGAAAAUCCUGAAGAAGAUAAGGUUAAAUUGGGGGUACCAGGUUGGAAAGAAAGAUAUUACGAAGAAAAGUUUUCUGCCAAAACUCCCGAGGAACGGGAGGAAAUACGGAAAGAUGUUGUUUUGAAAUACACAGAAGGCCUAUGUUGGGUUAUGCAGUACUACUAUGAAGGGGUUAGUUCUUGGCAUUGGUUUUAUCCAUACCACUACGCACCAUUUGCUUCUGAUCUUAAGGAUCUUAGUCAGCUGAGCAUAAAGUUUGAGUUGGGUUCUCCCUUCAAACCAUUUAAUCAGCUUCUGGGGGUUUUCCCAGCUGCUAGCUCUCAUGCUCUUCCAGAGCAGUACAGGAAAUUGAUGACUGAUCCAAACUCACCUAUCAUUGAUUUUUAUCCUACUGAUUUUGAAGUGGAUAUGAAUGGGAAGAGAUUUUCGUGGCAGGGUAUUGCAAAAUUGCCUUUCAUUGACGAAUCACGACUUCUUUCCGAGGUUGAAAAAAUUGAACAUACAUUGACGGCAGAGGAAGUCCGGAGAAACAGUACCAUGUUUGACAUGCUCUUUGUGGCAUCAUCUCAUCCUCUUUCUGUGUCUAUUUACUCUCUCGACAACCGCUGUAAGCAAUUGUCAAACAGGGAAAGAGCUGAAUUUAAAGAAAAAAUUGAUCCAGAAAUUAGGGCUGCAUGCAGUGAAGGGAUGAAUGGAUAUCUAUCUCCAUGCGGUGGAGAACCCUGUCCACCUGUUUUCCGGUCUCCUGUAUUGGGCUUGGAAGAUAUCAUGGAUAACCAAGUCAUAUGUGCGAUAUACAGACUUCCCGACCCUCAUAAGCAUAUAACUCGACCACCUGCAGGUGUUACAUUUCCAAAGAAGAUUGUUUCAUUGGGAGAUCUCAAACCUGAACCUGUGUUAUGGCAUGAAGAUACUGGGCGAAGAGGUCCUGAUAAUGGAAGGUAUAAUAAUCAUCCUGGAACCACUUCUGGACGACAACUUGGAGAAGCAGCUCAUCGGCUGGUUUCUAAUAGCCUACAAGUGAAGGCAGACUACAAUGGAUAUGGCAAUCAUGGCCGUUCACCAUCUUAUUCUGGUAACCAUACACGACAAAAUUCCUAUGGGACUCAUCUCAGGUUCCAUGAUCGGGAACAUUCAGACAUUCACCCUCCUGAAGGUCAAUACCAAUCAUCAAACCGAAGUAGUCAUCAUCAUUACAAUGAUCGACGCUGGAAUAGUGACGGACACAUAUCGUCAGGUAGUCGCCAUCCACACAAUGGGUCUCAAUCCCUAUAUUAUGAUAGAAAUAACCGCAUGGCUCCUCCGCAUGGGUUUGUUGGUCCGCAUAACGUUGAUCCCAUUUACCCAAAUGGACCUAUCGCACAAACUCCACCUGGGUUUGUUGGUGCCAACCCGUAUCCCGGUGGUCACAACCAAUAUCAAAACUACCAAUCAGCUGGAGCAAUAGGCCGUCAACAGCAAUGGCCGGCUGAUGGUGGCAGUGGUUGGAAUGCACCACCACAGGCUGGCCCGUACAUUGCGAGGGGCUACAGUCAGCCACACCAAUCAGGUAAUCCAUACUCUGCAUUGGAUCGGAGAGCAAAUAAGAGAGAGCCGCCUCCUGCACAUGGGUAUCGCCGGAAUUAGAGUCGAACCCUUAUUUUCUCCAUGUAGUUUCUCUGGUAGUAAAGAUUGUACCAUAGUCAUUCUUGUUUGGAUAUCAGAAUGCUGUUUAACUAUUUUAUAUACUUGAUAAAAUCCCAUAAUAUGUGCGUCUGGGAUUGGAUUACUCAAGUGUUAGAUGUUAGAGGGUUUAUUUGAUUAGUUAUUGUAUUUUAACUAUUUUUUUUUUCUGUUAUUUCAGUUUGAUAUGAUAAUUUUGUUUCUUUUCUUUUCGGAA